AUGGCAUCGAACGCAAACCCUUCCUUCCAGAGCAAUUUGGAAAUACUAAUCCGGAAAUUUAUUCCGAAAGAGCUGAUUCCUCCAAAUUGGAAGUGCGACAAAUUCCCAGUCAAAAAAGAACAGAAUAUUUUCAUUCUGAACAUUAAGCCUCUCUUCACCCAAGGACAGAAGCGUCUUGGAAUGUUCAAAUCCGUCAAAGACUUAAAAAAUCAUAUUUUGAGCUACUUCAAUUUCCCAAAAUCAAUGGAAUAUCUCGGAAUGAGCCCAAUCUUUCAAUUCGACUCGAUCCCACAAAAUGGCCAAACCUCUGAUGGAAAAACGGGCAUUUAUAAAAUCGAUUUGAACAAGAUCUGUCCCUUUUUGCCUGACAAGAAGAAAGAUUGGACGGCUAACCUGGCCUACCUUAUACUGAAUGACUGCUGGAAAAAAUUACUAGAUGGAGUGAGCCCCCACGAGAUGAUUGUCUGCCCACAUUCGCCGGAUUUCUCAAGAAAAUUCAUUUCGACACUUGAAAAUCCCGUUUCGUACAAAGAUUACGAAGACUUCAUUUUGCAAUGGAAAAUUCGAUGGGCAGAAAAUAAAAAUAAAAUGUCAGAAUUCAUAUUGGAGACGAUCGAGAAGCUCACUUUUGUGGAUUGCCGUUGCACAAGAGAUAAUCCUAAAGCACUAGCAGAAGCCGCUGAAUAUGUGGAAUUUGUCAUGGAUAGGGUCGCGUAUUUUGCCAGAGAAGGAGCUAUCAAUUUGCCACCACUCAACACAUUGGACAACGUGCCGAAAGCAAUCAUUCGAAAAUUCUCAGUGGGAAAUUAUAACUUUGUGAUAGCCAAUGAGUAUAUCAAAGUCUGCGAAAGUCAUAACAUUAAUGUUGGAAAAGUCAAGAAAACAAUUCGUGGGAAGCCGGAACUGACAACUAUCAAUUGCACUAAGAUAGAAGAGAUUUUGAAAACUAUGACAGUUGUUACAAUGAACAUGAAGCCAUUGUUGAUGUUUGCCCAGACACCGAUUCCUUAUGAUGGAGGACACUGUAUCCUUGCUGCGGAUGCUCUUUAUGAGCUCCUGAUGGAUAUGAUUGUGGCGAAGAGGGUGUUUUACACUAUUGGAGAGGAGAAUUGGAUCAAAAUCAAUGAGUUCUUCGAGGCAAUGGAGCUCUACUUUGAUGAGAGCGAAGAUGUCUAUCUUCUGGAUUUGCAACACGUGGAUGGUAUCAAGACAAUGUGGGAGUACUACUGUCAUCAGUUGAACCUGCACCGUUUAAAUGAGGAGCUCGAGACGAGAGCUACUAGAUUUGUGAUACGUGUCUUGAAAAAGAAACUCGAGUCCUUGGAACUGUGCUUCAAAGACAUUAUGAAGUAUGCGAAACUCAUCUAUCUCAAGUUGGCUACCGAAAGCGGGUCACCACAAUCUCAGUUGCACAGGGCAGUAAUCUAUUGUCAAAUCAACUGUCUCGCUCGGAAAGUUCCCAAGAUUUUGAUGUUUAUUCACAACCAGAAGUCGUGCAGCCGGAUGAAUAUCGUGGAUUGUGAGUAUUGUAAUAUCACGGAGAAAAUGACUGCGGAGAUGGCCAAAAUGGAAACAAACGAGAAGAAGGAAGAAGGUGAAGGGAGUGUAUCGAAGAAGAAACAUAAGAAGAAUAAGAAAUGA